UAGUCCAGAUUCAAUGCAUUGACUUUCAAAACCAGAAGAGCUUCGUGAAGGAAGAUAGAUAUGGAUGAAAUCUUCUCUCUCUAAAAGAAAGGUAAAGGAGGUUCACAUUCAUCUUAUCUUCUAUACUAUAUUUGGACGGACAAGAUCACAUCUCUUCAAAACUUCUAGAUCCAUAAUAAGGUCAAAUCUCUCUCUGUUCAGCCGAAAGACUGGAAAUAUAUUCAUGGACGCUGCUCAGAAUCGAUAUUAUUCUAUGUUCAACAUAGUCAAACCUGAAGAUAGAUUAGUUAUGGAUCAGAAUUUUGGAGAGGAGCUUACUUUUGAUCAGAACUUCAUCAUUGCUGGCAAUUUGGAUCAGAAUGAAGAUGAAUUUCCUUUGGAUCAGAAUAUCAUCAAUGGAUUUGAUCUACACGGUAACUGUCUGAACAGUAAUUUCUUCAAUCCUGCUCCAAGUUUUCUAGAUCCGGAUCCGAUUGUUGUUGCUGCUGCUCCUCAGUAUUCUGGAAUUGACCGCGAUUCUCACGAGGAUUAUGAUUUCAGUGAUGUGAUUCUUAGCUACAUAAGUCAGAUUCUUAUGGAAGAAGAUGUGGAAGAGAAGACGUGUAUGUUUCAAGAAUCUGCAGCUCUUCAAGCUGCGGAGAAAUCUUUGUAUGAAGUAAUUGGUGAGAAAUAUCCAUCUUCUACUGAUCUUCAACCUUUUCCUUUCUCAAAUGAUAUUAUAGACAGUACAGAGAAUUGCUAUAGCUGCGUUACUUCUAGCAACUCUAAUACGAGUAGUUGUAGUCAAUUGGAAUCCAUUUGGAAUCCGAAUUUGGGCGAAUAUGAUUUGAAUAGUUUAGAUGCUGCUCCCAUGAAUCUGACUUCUCAAUCACCUUACAGUUCGUUAAGUAGCCCGAUCAGUGUCAUUGAUUCGUGUUUAAACAAUCUUCUUCCAGUUUCUGCUGAAACAUUCUUACAGGGACCUCCACCUAAUGGUAAUGGAUUGUGGAUGGAUUCUUCUCUGAAACCGAAUGUAGUUGUAGUUAAGACAGAGGAGAACGAUAGGAGGAAGAAGAAAAAUCCAUAUGAUGAUGAUGACGACGAUGAAGAAGAAGGGAUUAGAAGUAAUAAACAAGCUGCUGUUUGUUCUGAAACAACUGUGAAACCUGAAAUGUUCGACAUGGUGUUGCUAUGCAGCGGAGGAAAGAACUAUACAAAUCUUCGCGAAGAAUUGCAGAACGAAAUGAACAAGAAUGGCCAACUAGCGAAAUCUUCGAAUAGCAGGAAAUCCCGUGGGAAGAAAUCUGUUGGUGGUGGUAAUAGUAAAAGGAAUAUGGUUGAUCUUACGACAUUGUUAACUCUAUGCGCACAGUCGGUUUCUUCCGACGAUUGGAAGACUGCAAACGACCUGUUAAAGCAGAUCAGACAGCAUUCUUCUCAAACCGGGGACGGUAUGCAAAGAAUGGCUUACUACUUCGCAAACGGGCUCGAGGCACGUAUGGCCGGUUCUGGAGCCCAACUCCACAUGAAAUACCCGUCGUCUGCUGCCGAAAUCCUGAAAGCUUACCACCUCUUUCUCGCGGCCUGCCCUUUCAAGAAGAUGACGAAUUUCGUAUCGAACAAGAGCAUAAUGAAAAUCGCGAAAAAAGCAACCCGUCUCCACAUAAUAGAUUUCGGUAUUCUCUAUGGUUUCCAAUGGCCGUGCCUAAUUCAACGAAUCUCAUCUCGACCCGGCGGCCCGCCGAGUCUCCGGAUCACGGGUAUCGAUCUCCCGAACCCGGGUUUCCGACCCACGCAGCGUGUCGACGAGACGGGACGUCGUCUAUCGCAUUACGCGCAGACCUUCAACGUCCCGUUUUCGUUCCAAGCCAUAGCGCAGAAAUGGGAGACGAUAAAGAUUAGCGACUUAAACCUGGACGAAGACGAGGUUUUGGUGGUUAACUGUCAUUGGAGAUUUCGUAACUUACUCGACGAAACAGUUGUUAUGGACAGUCCGAGGAACGUGGUAUUGAAUUUGAUUAAGGAGAUGAAACCGGACAUGUUCAUACAAGCUGUAGUUAACGGUGCUUACAGUGCUCCGUUUUUUAGCACGAGGUUUAGGGAGGCGGUAUUCCAUUUCUCGUCGUUGUUCGAUAUGUUGGACACGACCGUUCCUCGGGAUGUUGACGAGAGGGUGUUGAUAGAGAGGCUGUUAUUCGGUUGGGAGUCGAUGAAUGUGAUUGCUUGUGAAGGGGCGCAGAGAAUCGAAAGGCCCGAGACUUAUAAACAGUGGCAGGUUCGGAUAAUGCGAGCGGGUUUUAGACAGGUGGCUUUAGAUAGGGAGAUUGUGACGAUGACAAAAGAGCGUGUGAAGAGUUGUUAUCAUAAGGAUUUUCUGAUCGAUGAAGAUGCGAAUUGGAUGCUUCAGGGAUGGAAGGGGAGAAUUUUAUUUGCAAUUUCUUUGUGGAAACCGGUUUAAUUUUUAGUUAUUAUUAUUCUUAAUAGAAUGUUUUUUCUUCUUAUUAACUU